AUGCCCCUUCCCGAAGCUCGGGAGCCUGGAGUGGACACGCGGGUUGAGCAGCCAGAGGCCCCAGACUCCACUCGGCGGAAGUCCUGGCUGGCGCUGUAUCUGUCACUGCUACUGCGGCGGGACCGGCUGGCGCAGAAAGCCGGGCAGCUCUUCUCGGGGCUCCUGGCCCUCAACGUGGUGUUCCUGGGCGGGGCCUUCAUCUGCAGCAUGAUCUUCAACAGCGUAGCCGUCACGCUGGGCGACGUGUGGAUCCUGCUGGCGGCCCUCAAGGCCCUCUCCCUGCUCUGGCUGCUCUAUUACGCGGUGGGCACCACCCGCCGGCCUCACGCCGUGCUCUACCGGGACCCUCACGCCGGCCCCAUCUGGGUACGGGGCUCCCUGGUGCUGUUCGGCAGCUGUACCGUCUGCCUCAACGUCUUCCAAGUGGGCUACUACGUGAGCCACAGCCACUGCAAGUCCCAGCUGGAGGUCAUCUUCCCCGUGAUCGAGAUCGUCUUCAUGGGCGUGCAGACCUGGGUGCUCUUGAAACAUUGUAAGGACUGUGUUCAGGUCCAGACCAACUUCACCAGGUGUGGCCUGAUGCUGACCCUGGCCACCAACCUGCUGCUGUGGAUUCUGGCUGUGACCAACGACUCCAUGCACCGCGAGAUUGAGGCCGAGCUCAACACCCUCAUGGAAGAGCACACAGGCAACGAGACGAGCGUCUGUCUCUGUGUGAAUGCCACGGUGUGCGAGGUCUUCCGGAAGGGCUACCUGAUGCUGUACCCCUUCGGCACCGAGUGCUGUCUGAUCUGCUGUGCCGUGCUCUACGUCAUAUGGAAGAACGUAGGCCGCCGCCUGGCGCCCCACCCCGGCGCCCACCCCGGCUCCCCCUCCUUCCGCCUGCACGGGGCCAUCUUCGGGCCGCUGCUGGGCCUGCUGGCCCUGGUGGCGGGAGUAAGCAUCUUCGUGGUCUUCCAGAUCGAGGCCAGCGGCCCUGCCAUGGCCCGCCAGUACUUCACCCUCUAUUACGCCUACUACGUGGCUGUGCUGCCCGCCAUGAGCCUGGCGUGCCUGGCGGGCACAGCCAUCCACGGGCUGGAGCAGCGGGAGCUGGACACGCUCAAGAACCCCACGCGCAGCCUGGACGUGGUGCUGCUGAUGGGCGCCGCGCUGGGCCAGAUGGGCAUCUCCUACUUCUCCAUCGUGGCCAUCGUGGCCACGGACCCCCACCAGCUGCUCAACCGGCUCAUCCUGGCCUACUCGCUGCUGCUCAUCUUGCAGCACAUCGCCCAGAACCUCUUCAUCAUCGAGGGCCUGCACCGGCGCCCCCUCUGGGAGGCGGCUCCCACGGGCCUGGCGGAGAAGCAGGGGGCAGAGCCUCCCCGGAGGGGCUCCCUGCUGUCGCUGAGCCAGGACCUGCACCGGGCCUCGCUGGCCUACAUCCACUCCUACAGCCACCUCAACUGGAAGCGGCGGGCGCUCAAAGAGAUCUCCCUCUUUCUCAUCCUGUGCAAUAUCACGCUGUGGGUGAUGCCGGCGUUUGGCGUCCACCCCGAGUUCGAGAACGGGCUGGAAAAAGAUUUCUAUGGCUACCGGACCUGGUUCACCAUCGUCAACUUGGGCCUGCCCCUGGGGGUCUUCUACCGGAUGCACUCUGUGGGGGGGCUGGUGGAGGUCUACCUGGGGGCCUGAGGCAGCAGAACCCCGAGGUGUCAAGGCCG